AUGGUUGACCCGGUGGGCUUUGCAGAGGCCUGGCGGGCCCAGUUCUCGGACGCUGAGCCCCCCACCAUGGCGCUGCGGUCGGUGUCCGAAAUUGAGUCCGAGCUGGAGCGCUGCAAGGCCUCGAUCCGGCGCCUGGAGGUGGAGGUCAACAAGGAGCGCUUCCGCAUGAUAUACCUGCAGACCCUCCUGGCGCGGGAGAGGAAGAGCUACGACCGGCAGCGGUGGGGCUUCCACCGACAGCGGAAAGAAGGCGGUGACGAGGAGGAGGAGGAGGAGGAGGAAGAGGAUGGCGGAGGUGUGCCAUCCCAAGCGGAGAGCAAGAAAGCCAAAGGAGGCCGGGGUGGAAACCGGGGCCGCCUUCGGAGCCUCUCCGAGCGAGACGAUUCUGUCAGCAGUGUUGCAGAAUUUUGCUCUAAACCAAGCGCUGAUGGGGAAGGCGUCAACGUCUCAGAGUAUCCCUCCCAUAAGAAGCCAUUGAGGAAAGAGCGUGAGGUCGGCGGAGUGGACCAUGAAGUCGUCAACGUAUCAGAGUAUCCCUCCCAUAAGAAACCAACGGGGGCCCAUCGUGCCGAGAAAACCCCUCCGGACGCCUUCUAUGUCAACUUGGAGUACCACCACGAGAAGGGCCUGGUCAAGGUCAACGACAAAGAGGUCUCUGACCGCAUCAGCUCAUUGGGCAGUCAGGCCAUGCGGAUGGAGGCCAGGAAGAAGCCACCGCCACCUUCGAGGGGCCGCUCAGUGGAUGACGACUAUGAGGACACCGAGCUCAACCCACGUUUCCUCAGGGACAACUUGUUGCCGGACGCCAAUGGUCAGGGCAACAUCCAACCCUACCAUAGUGUCUAUGUUGGAGGCAUUAUGACCCCUGACCCCACGGCCGACGGGAAGCCGGUGUUGACGUGGCCGCUGCGUUCCUAUUCGCCGGUUGGCAGCGGAGGCGGCUACACACCGGACUGCAGCUCCAACGAGAACCUGACAUCUAGUGAGGAGGACUUCUCUUCAGGCCACUCCAGCCACGUGUCGCCCAGCCCCACGGCAGCCGGGCCUUCCCGCCUCUACAAGGCCCGCUCACCCUCCCAGAAUUCCCUGCAGUCGCUUGAUAGCAGCAGCAGCCCACCCACACCGCAGUCGCAGAAGAGGCACCGGCCGCAUGGCGGACUACCACGGCAGGGCCCUGUUGUUGUGUCUGAGGCCACCAUCGUUGGAGUGCGGAAGUCCGGGCAAAUAUGGCCGCCCGAGGCAGAGGGGGCAGCCCAUGGAGGAUGUUUCCACGGAGACGCAGAUGUCUCCUUCGCCGGGAUGCCAUACAUCGACGACUCGCCGUCUUCCUCUCCGCGUCUCGGCACCAAAAACCUUUCAGGGUCCGGUUCGUUGGAAUCAACCAAAUCGAGUGAACCGGACUUGGAGAAAGGCCUGGAGAUGCGUAAAUGGGUCUUAUCUGGGAUCCUAGCCAGUGAGGAGACCUACUUGAGCCACCUGGAAGCCCUGCUCUUGCCGAUGAAGCCCUUGAAGGCGGCGUCCACCACCUCGCAGCCGGUCCUGACCGGACACCAGAUCGAGACCAUCUUCUUCAAGGUCCCAGAACUCUAUGAGAUCCACAAGGACUUCUACGAUGGACUCCUGCCCCGCGUCCAGCAAUGGAGCCACCAGCAGCGGGUCGGGGACCUCUUCCAGAAACUGGCCAGCCAGCUGGGGGUGUACCGGGCCUUUGUGGAUAAUUAUGCGGUCGCCAUGGAGACGGCAGAGAAGUGUUGCCAGGCCAACGCUCAAUUCGCGGAGAUCUCUGAGAAUCUGAAGGCCAGGAGCAGCAAGGAAUCGAAGGAACCGUCCACUAAAUACUCCCUUGAAACCCUCCUCUACAAACCGGUGGAUCGCGUCACGAGGAGCACCUUGGUCCUCCAUGACUUGCUGAAGCACACUCCGAUGGGGCACCCGGACUUCCCACUCCUCCAAGACGCCCUCCGCAUCUCCCAGAACUUCCUCUCCAGCAUCAAUGAAGAGAUCACACCCCGGAGGCAGUCCAUGACCGUCCAGAAGGGAGAGCACCGUCAGCUGCUGAAGGACAGCUUCAUGGUAGAGCUGGUGGAAGGGGCCCGCAAACUCCGCCACGUCUUCCUCUUCACUGACCUCUUCCUCUGCGCCAAACUCAAGAAGCAGGUGGCAGGGAAGAGCCAGCAGUACGACUGCAAAUGGUACCUUCCACUCUCGGACCUGAGCUUCCAGACGGUGGAGGAGGCCACCCCCUCUGAAGCUGGGACCAGCAUCCCUUUGGUGCCGGACGAGGAGCUGGACGCCCUGAAGGUCAAGAUCUCCCAAAUCAAGAGCGACGUCCAGAGGGAGAAGAGAGCAAACAAAGGGAGCCGGAACAUGGAGCGCCUGAAGAAGAAGCUCUCCGAACAGGAGUCCAUGCUGCUGCUCAUGUCACCCAACAUGGCCUUCCGUGUCUGCAACCGCAAUGGGAAGAGUUACACUUUCCUCAUCUCUUCGGAUUACGAACGAGCUGAAUGGCGGGAAAUCAUCCGGGAGCAGCAGAAAAAAUGCUUCAAGAGCUUCUCCUUGACUUCGGUGGAGCUUCAGAUGCUGACCAACUCCUGCGUCAAGCUCCAGACGGUCCAUCACAUCCCGCUCACAAUCAAUAAGGAAGAUGACGAAUCUCCCGGUCUCUAUGGAUUCCUGAAUGUUAUUGUCCACUCGGCGUCCGGGUUCAAACAGAGCUCCAACCUCUAUUGCACCUUAGAAGUGGAUUCCUUUGGGUAUUUUGUCAACAAGGCGAAGACGAGGGUUUACCGGGACACAACGGAGCCCAAUUGGAACGAGGAAUUUGAGAUUGAGCUUGAAGGCUCACAGACACUGCGGAUACUGUGUUACGAGAAGCACUACAACAAAACCAAAAUCCCCAAAGAAGAUGGGGAGGCCUCCGACCGCAUUAUGGGCAAAGGCCAGAUCCAGUUGGAUCCUCAGGCGUUGCAGGACAAGGACUGGCAGCGGACCGUCAUUGCGAUGAAUGGGGUGGAAGUGAAGCUGUCCGUCAAGUUCACCAGCCGAGAAUUCAGCCUCAAACGGAUGCCCUCGCGCAAACAAACGGGUGUUUUCGGGGUCAAGAUCGCCAUAGUUACCAAGAGGGAACGAUCAAAGGUGCCGUACAUUGUCCGCCAAUGCGUCGAGGAAAUCGAGCGCCGAGGAAUGGAGGAAGUCGGCAUUUAUCGCGUCUCCGGAGUGGCCACCGACAUCCAGGCCUUGAAGGCCUCCUUUGACGUCAACAACAAAGACGUCUCUGUCAUGAUGAGCGAAAUGGAUGUCAAUGCCAUUGCCGGCACCUUGAAGCUCUACUUCCGGGAGCUUCCAGAACCUCUUUUCACAGAUGAACUUUACCCCAAUUUCGCAGAAGGCAUCACUCUUUCUGACCCGGUAGCAAAAGAGAGCUGUAUGCUGAAUUUAUUGCUCUCUCUUCCUGAACCCAAUUUGGUCACCUUCCUUUUCCUCCUUGAUCAUUUGAAAAGAGUGGCCGAAAAGGAGAACGUCAACAAGAUGUCGCUUCACAAUUUAGCCACUGUUUUCGGACCAACGCUUUUGCGGCCGUCUGAAAAGGAUAGCAAAAUCCCCGCAAACCCGACCCAGCCAAUAGCCAUGACCGAUAGCUGGUCUCUCGAAGUCAUGUCUCAGGUCCAGGUCCUCCUCUACUUCCUCCAGUUAGAGACUAUUCCAACUCCGGACAGCAAGCGGCAGAGCAUCCUUUUCUCCACAGAAGUGUAGGAAGAAGCAAUCCGAUUGAAAGUGGUCUCGCUCAAGUUGCUGCCAGUGCGAACUCUGGAAAUCUACAGAAAUUGAGUUUCCCUGAUCUUAUUUGUUUGUCUGCUGUGAGGAAACCAUUGCUCGAUUCCUCUGGAAAUGUAUGGAAAACUGACUCGUAAUCCUGUCGCUUCCUUCAAACAUUCCUCUGAGACUGUCUUUUUGUUUAACAAGAAGAAACUUGUUCGAUUCUUCCAGAAAUGCGUGGAAACUGACUCAAAAUGCUGAACUGUUGCUCGCUUCCUCCAUUAUGGCUCUGGGAAUGUACAGAAAACUCUCCCGAAAUCCUUUUUGUUUUCCUUGUAUUCUUUCCUCUGAAAUAAUUUCCUCUGGGAAUGUAAGGACUUAAUAUCUUUUCUCUCCAACAUUCCUCCUUUCAAUUUUCUCGUCGACGAGUCUGUCAUAAUGUGCUUGAUUUCUCCAAUAUGGCUCUGGGAAUGUAUAGAAAACUGACUCGAACUCUUUUCGCUUCCUUCAAUCAUUCCUCGUUUAUGAGUCGGAAAUCAUUUCUUCAUGGCGGCUUUGGGAUUUUGUGGAAAACUGACCUGUAAUCCUUUCACUUCCUUUAAUCAUUCCUCGUAUUAUUGUCUUGUUUAUGAGUUGGAAAUAAUUUUAUUAGGGCAAUUUGUACAAAAUGGAUUCAAACUCCUUUCUCUUCUGUCAACCAUUCCUUGUUUACAAGUCAGAAAUCACUUCUUCAAUGUAUCCGAUAUGUCUCUGGGAAUUUGGAGAAAACAGACUCAAAAUCCUUUCCCUUCCUUCAUUUCUCCUAUUGUUUCCUCAUUUAUGAGUUGGAAAUAAUUUGUUUGUUGUGGCUCUGGGAAAGUGAGGAAAACUGACUCGUCAUCCUUUCCUUCCUGUCAAACAUUCCUCAUAUUGUUUCCUCGUUUGUGAGUCGGAAAGAAUUUCUUCAUUAUGGCUCUGAAAAUGUAUAGGAAAUUGACUCAAAAUCCUUUCUCUUCCGCCAGUCAUUCCUUGUUUGGCUUCCUUGUUUAUGAGUUGUAAAUAGUCUGACUCCUGUGUUAUGAUUCCAGGAAUCCUUUCCCUUUCCUUCAACCAUUCCUUGUUUGAUUUCCUUGUUUAUGAGUCAUCCAUAAUGAGUUAGAUUUUCAUUUUUAUCCCAUUCCUCCUUUUUUCUCCCAAAUUAACGAGAAGGAAAGCAACCCGUAAAAAUGUUCAUGAAUGGAAAAAAUGCAAAUUUCCAAACAAAUGUUUUGAUUUGUUUUUGUAAAGAAACGGGGUUUGUUUUUUAAUCUUUGGGAGGAUAUGUAUAUAUAUAGUCUGUAAUGAUGUCCAUUUGCUGCUCACAAAUCAUUCUGCUUUAUUUUUUUCCUUUGACAAUCCACCAGCAAAAAAAAAAAAACAAAGUGCAUGACCUGAUUUUAAUUUUAAAUGGGUUUUCUUCCCAUCCUCCUUCCUUAGAAAAGGAUGGAUAAGAAACCAAGGGAGGUUUUGGUUUCUGUAUCUAUUAAUUGCUCGAUUGUUCAUUUUGUUAAGGACCAAAAUAUAGAUCUAUCCAUAGUCCAUAUCUAUUAUUUAUUUACCUAUCAAUCGGCAUGGUCACCUACCUGUCUGUUUCCCUCCAGUGCCUGUCGAUCUGUAUUGAUCUAUCAAUCAAAGAAGCAAUCGCCAGUCCAUAUCUAUCUAACAACAUCCUUUCAGGAUCUAUUAAUGUCUACUUCCCUCCAGUCCAUAUCUAUGCUGUAUCUAUUCUAUCUCACAUAGCUUUCCUAUUUAAUCUAUCUAGCCAUCAUCUAUGUCCAUCUGUCAAUCAAUCGAUCAUCUCUAUCUAAUCUGUCACUCAUCUGUCAUGAUCUAGAUCUGCCUAUAUCUUGGGCCCUCCCUCCAGGUGUUUUGGACUCCAACUCCCAGAAUUCCUCACAGCCUCAGGCCCCUUCCUUUUCCGCUUAAGCGGCUGAGGGGGAAAGGAAAGGGCCUGAGGCCAGGACAAAGAAUUAUGAGAAUUAUGAAUUAUGACAAGGUAUUUUGAGGAAAAUCAAGACUUAAUAAAGCCAGAUGGAUUUGAAAAUAAUUAAAGAUUACCCUUUGGA